CGGAGAGGCUCCGGGGGACUCUGUUCUUCGUGAACGAGCCGGGGGAGAACGACUACAAAUUGGCUUUCAAGAAUGGGAAAUCAGUUGAAGAAGUUGGCCGGAUGGUGCCGGAAGUCGUUUCGGCGAUCAAGGAACAACUCAAGAGGCUCAUAGGUGCCGGGGCGGUGAACCUGGUGGUUUCCGGCGUUCCGGGGCCGGAGGACCGCCGCGGGGCUGAAGGGAUGGAGAUGUUUGGGCGGCUGCACGACGACCAUCUCCAGCAAGCGCUGGUGGAGCUGAAGACGGAGUUCCCGGAGGUGGACAUUGUGUAUGGGAAUCUGGAGAAGAUGACUGAAGAUGGCGGCCAUUGGGCACUCCAGUCCUCCCACUCCGCCGCCUGCAAGUAUUCCGGUCGCCGGCGCAAGGCUUUUCUGGCGAGAUGAUCGAUCAAUGGAUCCAUCUCAGGCCGGCGGGGCCGAAAAGGCUUCUCUGUUUGUAGAUUUGACAAAUUGAUAGAGUGGGAUAGUGAAUGGGUUUUGUACUAGGAAGUGAACCGAGGACGUCUCUGUUGUUUUCCUUU